AUGGCGCUCGUGUACAUCAUGCUGUGCGCUAUCAUCGGCUUCAUGUUCUGGGACCUCCAGCUGGGGCCGUCGGACAUCAACAGUCGCAUCACCAUGCUCUUCUACGUCGCGGCUUUCCUGGUGUUCAUGUCGGUGGCGGUGCUGCCCUUCUUCAUCGUGGAGCGAGCUGUGUUCCUACGCGAGCGAGCCAACGGCUGGUACAUGGUGCCGGCCUACGUGCUGGCGACGUUCCUCAUGUCGUUGCCGGGGCUCUUCAUCAUCUCGCUGGUGAGCACGUUGCUGGUGGUGCUGCCGUCGGGGCUCAACGGAUUUGGGGUGUUCCUGGUGGAUCUUUUCCUGUCGCUGGUAGCAGCGGAGGCGUUCAUGUGCGUGGUGGCGUCGGUGGUGCCUCACUACAUCAUCGGGAUCGCGCUGGGGGCAGCGGUGUACGGCUUCUUCAUGUUGUGCGAGGGCUUCAUGAAGAUCAAGGACGACAUCCCGGACUUCUUCAUCUGGGGGUACUACAUCGCGUUCCACACGUACUCUUUCAGGGCGUUCAUGGUGAACGAGUUUGAGGGCAUCAAGUACUUUGUCAACAGCCCGCAGUUUGCGGACGGGAAGGCGGUGCUGAAGUUCUACAACAUGGAGGACAAGCCUGUGUGGAAGGAUCUUGUAGUGAUUGCGGGGUAUGCGAUUGGUCUGCAGCUGAUCUUCGGGACGAUCCUGCAGGUGUUCCACAAGGGGAAGCGGUGA